AUGGGCAUCAUCAAAGGCAGUAGCAAGACACUAUGGGGAAACAUGACCCAUGGACCUUCCCGUUACGCCCUUAACGGAAAAAUCAUGCUCGGUUCCGUAGUCAUCCUCUUCGUCGCCGUAAUUCUAAUCCUCUGUUUUCACAGCUACGCCAGAUGGUUAUUCCGGCGUCAAAACCGCCGUAUUCGCCGCCGUAUCAGUGCUCAUCUCAGAUCUCUCUCCGCCGCUCGAGAUCCCACCCAAUCAUCCUCCCUCUCUCCUCUCGAUCCGACGGUGCUCGAGAAAAUCCCGAUCUUCGUCUAUUCCGAGAAAACCCAUAAGUCGCCACUGGAAGAGUGCUCCGUUUGCUUAUCGGAGUUCGAAGAAGAUGAUGAAGGACGUGUCCUUCCCAAAUGUGGCCACGUGUUCCAUGUUGACUGUAUCGACACGUGGUUCCGGUCGAGAUCUAGCUGUCCGCUUUGUAGGGCUCCGGUUCAAACCGAGCAGUCGGUAACCGAAUCCGGUUCGAGGAUCUCAGAACCGGUUGCUCCUGUAUUUCCAUCGGUUAAGCCAAUUGAAGAUAUGGAAGCCGGAAGUUCAUCUUCAUCGGACGAUUCCGAAUCCUCGACGCCGUCUUCGUCCUCUGGUUCGCCGAUGAGAUUUCCGACAGAAGCUUGUGAGAGAGAACCGAUUGAUUUAGUCAGUAUAGUUGUGGAGAUUCCCAGGGAAUUUGACAGCUCUAAUUCGGGUCUACCCGGAGAUGACGGGUCAAAUAAUCAGGUUCUAUUGAGGAGGUUAUGGAGUAUUUGA